UCCGCUUCUUUUACCACUUCAUAUGCUUCAUGUACACCACCAUAUAAAUUAGUUAGCUACUCGUGUUAUUACAACGGGUGUACUGUUCCAAAUUGUGAAACUUGUAAUAGUUCGAGUGUUUGUACCACAUGUAAAAGUGGAUACACUUUAAAAAAUUCGACUUAUUGUGAAAGUAAUAUCAUAAUCCAAAAUUGUUUAACGUACGGAAUAUCAUCGUGUAUUACAUGUGAACCGAAUUACUACUUAUUAAACAACAACGCAUGCAUACAAUGUGACACAACUUGUGGUAAUUCAUGUUCUGAUUCAACAGGAUAUUGUUCAAGUUGUUCAAUUGGGUUGGUUUACACAAAUCCACAAUCACAACAAUGCGAAGUGUGUUCUAAUUAUGAUUCAAAGUGUGCUGAAUGUCUGACUCCAAACAAACAGUGUCGGGUGUGUACAACAGGAUAUUACCCAUCAAAUGCCAACUUGAGUUGUAUUCCCUGUGAUUCAACGUGUGCGUCGACAGGGUGCAACACACAAACGGGCGCAUGCAACACUUGUGUAAGCAAUCAAUAUACAAUAAUCUCUGAAACAAAUGUUUCGUGUCAGACGUGUUCUUCUUUUGACCCGAAUUGUGUAGAUUGUUCAACAAUCACAAGAAAGUGUACUGUAUGUAAAAAGGGAAUGUACCCAUCAACAACAUCUCCAUUUACAUGUGUUGGUUGUGACUCAACGUGUUUGAAUGGAUGUAACACACAGACGGGAUACUGUGAGACGUGUUCAUCACAAUACACUCCCGCAAUAACACAACCUUCAAAAUUCUGUUCUUUUUGCAAUUCAAUAGACCUAAACUGCAACACGUGUUCAUCAACAGAUAGAAAGUGUCUGAGUUGUGCAUCUCCGUAUUUUGUUGGGAUUAAUGGAACAAGUUGUGGAAAUUGCGAUUCUUCUUGUUCUUCAUGUGAUGCAAAUGGGUAUUGCACAUCAUGUGCAUCAAAUUAUGUGAUGUAUGACACACAAAGCACAAAAUGCAAAAGUUGCGCAGACUUCGAUUCAAACUGUGAGACGUGUCCAGGUGGAAACGAAAAGAAAUGCACAACUUGCAAAACUACAAACAUGUACCCGUCACCAGAUACCGGGAAGUGUAUUUCAUGUUCAACCACAUGUGGUGGAAGUUGUGACCAAACAGAUGGGCAUUGCACUUCAUGUGAGAGUGGUUUGGUCUUUACGAGUCCGCCAUCAACAGUAUGCGAAGUUUGCAAAAACUUUGAUUCUCAUUGUGCCACGUGUGCCUAUAAUGGUGUCAGCUCAUGUCUAAUAUGUUCAAUGGGGUAUUACCCAUUAAGUGGCACGUGUGUUGCGUGUUCGGCAACGUGUCAACAAAACGAGUGCAACGCAGCAAAUGGACAAUGCACAAAAUGUAUUGACAAUUACGUCGUGACUUCGCCAAUUUCUCCAAACUGUGAAAUUUGCAGUGUUUAUGACCAAAAUUGUGUGACAUGUGCGACAGACUUUACAAGAAAGUGUGUUUCCUGCAAACCAUAUUAUUACAUCAAAACGAGUGGCAAUUAUAAAUGCCAAAGUUGCUCAUCUACGUGUGGUGGUGCCUGCAAUGGUAACAAUGGAAUUUGCACGACAUGUUCGAGUGGGAUGGUGCCAACCGAUCCAUUUUCAACAACGUGUAUAUCGUGUCAGGCAUUUGAUGUUAAUUGUGAGAGUUGUGUGACGGGUAAGCGGAAGUGCACGAAGUAUUCAACGCCAAACAUGUAUCCAGACGACACGUCACACACCUGUGUAUCGUGUUCAACAACAUGUGGAGGGCAGUGCAACACAAUUAGUGGAAAAUGUACCGGGUGUCAGACAAAUUACGUCUUUAGUGAUCCAAGGGGGUUGACUUGUCAAACGUGUAAUGAUUUUGACUCACAUUGCACAACAUGUUCUUCAGACUUUAACAGAAAGUAUGUUGUGUGUAAUAGUGGAUACUACAUUGUUAAUGGCAAAUGCAGGCAGUGUGACUAUUCAUGUGGUGGUAAGUGUGAUACAACCAGUGGAAAUUGCACGGGCUGCGACACAAACAAAGUCUUUUCAACAACAAACAGCAGUGUGUGUAUUGCAUGUGCUGAUUUUGACGCAAAUUGUCGAGUUUGUGCGUCAAGUGGCGAGAGAAAGUGCAACACGUGCACCAACAAGACACACACAGACGAUACUGGUGUAUGCGUUCCAUGCGACACACAAUGCACAACGGGCUGCAAUGGCCAAACUGGUGUCUGUGUUAAUUGCAAUUCAAAUGAAGUUAUUGACGAGUCUGAUGGAACAACAAAGUGUGAAGCGUGCUCUUCGUUCGACUCAAAUUGUAUUUUGUGUGCAUCAGACCAAUCGCGUGCAUAUGAGGAAUGCAACACAAAUUAUUACCCGGACACAUCAACAGACUUCAAAUGCAAAAGUUGUGACUCAACAUGUGGUGGUAGUUGCAACACGCGAUAUGGGUUUUGCACCGGGUGUUUAUCAAAUUACGUUUUUAUUUCUUCAACAAGUAAGACGUGCCAAAGCUGCAGAACAUUUGAUUCUCUUUGUGCGACUUCAAAUGGUAUGUGCAUGUUAUGUAUUGACAACCAUGUUGUGAUUUCACUAAUUUCAACAAAUUGUAUAAUGUGCUCUGCAUGGAACAAAGACUGUGUAACUUGUGCAACAGACUUCACACAGAGUUGUAUGGAAUGUACAAAUGGUAAAUUUGCAUCAAAUGGAAAGUGUAUAGAUUGUGACUCGACAUGUGGGGGUAAAUGUGAUGGAGUAAGUGGAGAAUGUACUGGCUGUGCAUCAACGUAUGUCCCUUCUAACACAAAUCCGUUUGUGUGUAUAUCGUGUCAGGCAUUUGAUGUAAAUUGUAAGAGUUGUGUGACUGGUGAAAGAAAGUGCACAAAAUGUUCAACACCAAACAUGUAUCCAAACGACACGUCACACAUUUGUGUGUCAUGUUCAACAACAUGUGGAGGGAGCUGUGAUGCAACAAAUGGGAUAUGCACAGCAUGUCAAGAUAACUAUGUCUGCAAUCGACUAAAUCACGUAAAGUGUGUGAUGUGUAACACGGGAUAUUACCCAAAUGAAAUUGGUGUAUGUGUUCAAUGUAACACAAUCAACACUAAUUGCACUACUUGCAGUCAAACAGUUAAGAAGUGCCUGGCGUGCAAAGACCCACAAUACGUAGCUUCAAAUGUGCUUUGUACAAACUGUGAAGUUGGCACUUACAAAAAGACCGAUACAACAUGA